AGGCAUACUUUUCUUUUUUAUCAGUAACACCUAAACCCUUGAAGAGAGACAGAGAGAGACAGAGAGAGAGAGAGAGAAAUGGCGAGCGAGGAAGAGAGCGCAGUGAAAGAGCCAUUGGAUCUCAUUAGACUCAGUCUUGAUGAGCGCAUCUACGUCAAGCUCCGCUCCGAACGUGAGCUCCGUGGCAAACUCCACGCUUAUGAUCAGCAUCUAAAUAUGAUUCUUGGGGAUGUUGAAGAAAUUGUUACUUCACUAGAAAUUGAUGACGAAACUUAUGAAGAGAUUGUUCGCACUACAAGGCGCACAGUUCCAUUUCUCUUUGUCAGAGGAGAUGGUGUCAUAUUGGUUUCUCCGCCGUUGAGGACAGCUUAAUUUGGAGGGUGAAGUUAAAGAUGCAGUCUUCAGUGAUAUGUUACCUGUUUUCACAUUAAAUCUUUUACCUUCAGAUCAACUGAAGCUUAAUUUGUAUCAAAUUGAUGACAUACUAUGGGGGUGAAGCAUUUAUAAUAGCCCACAUUUUUAGACCAUCAUGUAAUUGGUAAGUGAUGAAUUUGGAUAAUUCGUAUGGGUUGCCUUUGGUGAAUCUUUUUGUUUUAGGAACCAUAUAUGUAACGAAGGAAAGAUUACUAAAAUUCUUGGAAUGCCUAA